AUGCCUCUCGUCGUACCCGGCAUCAUGACCAACCCUGAGGACAAGAACCAGGAAUGGGCCAACAAGCUCGUCGGAAAGACCUUUUCAGAGUCUGAUGAAUCUAAUGAGACGAUGUUUUGCAAGAAAGACCUGCCAGAGACGCAUCGCAUCAUCAAGCCCGGCCAGCCUGUGACCCGGGACUUUAGACCGGAGAGAUUGAAUGUUCACUUGAAGGAGGAUGGAACGGUGUCGCACGUUGUUCAUGGUUAG